UAAAUGUUUUAUCAGAUCAUCGGGAUUGAAAUCAACCGUCUGUCACCUUUAAAAUAAACACUUCUUUGCUUGGUUGAGAUCCCCAGCCACACCAACACAUUUCUUGUGAGGCAGUUCCCAGCGGCGCUUUGGAAACCCCCCGCGUCGGACUGCUUUCAGGGACGAAGUCGACCGAGGAAGUAAGGGGGGGUCGGACGGUGCGAGGAUCGGAGAUGGAGGAAUACAUGGAGAACGUAAAGAGAUUGCGAACUCAGAUAAACGACAUCGAGGAGGCUGCGGCGAAGAGAUCGGUAGAGGAGCAGAAGCAGAAGACCGCGAUCGGCGCCUUGCAAACCGAUCUCAAUCUCGUGAGGACGGAAAUAAAGCGUUUGAACGAGGAGGCAGCGGAGAUGCUCAAAGCGCAAGCCCAGACCAGCUCCGAGAUAGCAGAGAAGCAAAAGAAGAUGUCCUCACUGGAGACGGAGUCUUGCACCCUCUCUCAGACUUUGGAGCUUCUCCAACAAGAAAUGACCACCACAACGCUGAAACAUAAAGAAAAGAGAUCAUACUAUGCAAGGGUUACCGAAGACUUGAAUCUCAAAUUACGGGAACAACAGGAGUGGUACAACUCAAAAAGGCAGAAGAUGAAAGCAGAUGCUGCAUCAGUUGAUGAUAAUGUAGAUAAAGAAAUUGUUCAGACCAAAGGGAGUGGGAAUGCUGUGCCCUCCAUGGGAGCAAAUUUGGGGAAUACGGGUAAUGACACCAGUGGGAGAAAUAAGGAUUUGGAAAUUGAAUUGGAGUCUGCAAAAACCAAACUUGCAGAAAUAGAGGCAAAAAAAUCUGAAGUUGCUAGAGAUAGCAUUAAGUCCAAGCAGCUGCUUGAGGAAAUGAGUUACAAAUUGCAGGCAGCCCCUCCUGCACUGAGGGAAAUGGAUGUCAAAGCCUUGGAAGAGGAACACAGAUCUUUGGUGGCUGAUAAAGCUGGGGAGCUGGAGUACUUGCAGUCUCUAAAGGAACGGAUUAAACAACUGAAGAACAUCUCACAUAUCAUCAAAUGUCGAUGUGGAAAGGAGUACAAUGUGGAGCUGGUGAGUUGAAGCUGUGGCUUGCAUCCGAAGCAGUUUCAUGGUCUCAGCACUGGAGAGUGAGAAUAUAUAGGUAUGUAGAAUUUCUUUUUCCCUUCGGUUUCUCUAGCAAAGGAGAAGGCAGUUGAACUUAAUACUGCUCGAUGAUGGUGUAACGGCAUAUAGGACAUACAUGAACAUUUAGAUUAGUGUCCUGUGAGCUUGUUUACAAGAAAGCAGAGCUCAAGAACAAAUUAGGUUGUUCAAUAAAUUGUCAUAGAAUAGAUUUGACUUGAAAUUCAUACAAAUAUUUGAGCCAUAGAUAGACGACGAGAACAAAAUCCAUACUGAUAGAAAGAGUCUAUUCUGUGAUCUGGCACCUAGGAACAUUUGACAAGAAGGCUAGGGUUUUGGAGGUGCAGAAAACGAGUUAUGACCAAAGGAAAAUGAUGUGAUUAAUAAAAAAAUCAUGAAAGAAUUACUUGGUUCAACAAAGUCUUUUCUGAUUUCUUUUCUAUGAAUUGUCUCAUUUUUUUAUCUUUUUGAAAGGAUGUCCCUUAUAUGUUAUAAUCUCCUUUGACGGUACAACUGUAGGAGUAUGACACAGCCUAUGGAUCGAUUUAUAGAGUGAACUAAUCUAAUUGUUUAGUUAGAGUAUUUA